AUGGAUUACACUUCUGGCUUUCUCUUCGCUGGAUCGUUUGGCCUCGAAAAGCUGACUCAAAGGCGCCAAUUUUUGGCCUGGACUUUAUUUCCAGUCACCAAGCAGGAGAUCGAAGAUCAUUUCAAUUCCCACCACGGCUCCGGCAAGAUCACAGAAAUCAAGCUCAUGAGUGGCUUUGGGUUUAUCGAAUAUGAGGAUGCCAUGGAUGCGAAGGACGUUGUGCCAGAUGGUACGGAUUUCAAGGGUGAACGUCUCACCGUCCAAUUUGCCCGUGGACCCCGUCACAAAGAAACAUUCUCUGGACCGUCGGACCGCUCAAGCGCUCCACGCCCGCGCCGGACAAUCUAUCGAAUGCAAAUAUCUGGACUUCCAGAAACCAGUUGGCAGGAUCUCAAAGACUUCGCACGACAGUCCGGCCUCGAUGUAGUCUACUCAGAGACUGGCCAUGAUGGAAGAGGAUUCGUCGAAUUCGAAACAGGCAGUGACCUCAAAACCGCAGUUGAAAAACUAGACGGCCGUGAAUUCAAAGGCUCCAGGGUCUUAUGCACGCAGGACAUUCAAUCCCAGGAGGACCGCCAGCCUCGUGAUCCAUACCGUUCCCGUUCUCCUGGCCGACGGGGUGGGUAUCAUCCAUACGAUGAUUAUGAUAGACGCGGGCCUCCGCGCAGCGGGUAUAGUCCACGCAACCACUACCGCGAACGCUCCCCGGCCCGUCGUGACUAUUACGAUCGCGAUGGUUACGGACGUCGGACACCUCCUCCACGCUCUCGUGUUGACGACUACCCACCACCACCUCGCCGCCCCUAUGACGAUCCUUAUGACCCUCGCGGGCCUCCCCCUCCUCCCCGUCACUAUGAUGACCCUUACGCUCCCAGGCCAUAUGGCCGCCCGCGGAGCCCUCCACCAAGAGGCGAUUAUGGCUAUGAGCGCCGCCCAUACUGGUAGAGACCUCUUAAUUUCAUACCUUUCGUUGAUAUCCCACUCGUACCCAUCAUUCUUGUGCUCCUCUUUACUGUACUCUGCCGUUAUAGGCGGAAAAAAGAUUUCAAUUCUUGUUUGGAUCGAAAGCGAACCGUACGCGAACCUGAUGCUUAUUACCUAGAAACGCACAUUUCCGUCUGAUUCCCGUAGAGCGUGGAUUGGCAGCGAGGCUUUCGCCCCGGUCCUGUUUU